GGGGAAGGUGAAAGAAAGAGAAAGAAAAUAUCCCAAGCAGAAGCAGGCACCUUUGAAGAACGGGUCUCUCUCUCUCUCUCUCUCUCUCUCUCUUGAGUAUUCCAAGAAGAUAAUCUAAUCAUAGCCAUGGCCGCCCGGAGGAUUUCUUCCGUCAUCUCUCCUGCUGCUGCUUCUCUUUCCUCCUUCCUCAAGGCCUCUUCUCCUUCUUAUGGACAGUACUCUAUUCGGGGCGUUGGCGUCAAUAGUUUCAGCACCGGGGCUGCAUUGGAGGAGCUAAUCAUACCGCCUAUACAAAUUGAUUAUAGCCAGCUUCUCAUCAAUGGACAAUUUGUUGAUGCAGCCUCAGGGAAAACAUUUCCAACCCUGGAUCCGAGGACAGGAGAUGUGAUUGCUUAUGUUGCUGAAGGGGAGGGGGAAGAUGUCAACAGAGCAGUCCUUGCUGCACGGAAAGCGUUUGACGAGGGACCAUGGCCAAAGAUGACUGCCUAUGAAAGAUCGCGAAUAAUGUUGAGAUGUGCCGAUUUGCUUGAGAAGCACAAUGAUGAGGUUGCAACUCUUGAAACUUGGGAUAAUGGGAAGCCUUAUGAACAGGCUGCAAAUGCUGAAAUACCAAUGGUUGUACGCCUUUUUAGAUACUACGCUGGAUGGGCAGAUAAGAUUCACGGUCUUACUGUUCCUGCUGAUGGGCCAUACCAUGUCCAAACCCUUCAUGAACCAAUAGGCGUUGUAGGACAGAUUAUUCCGUGGAACUUUCCUCUUCUAAUGUAUGCUUGGAAGGUUGGGCCUGCAUUAGCAUGCGGUAACACUAUCGUAUUGAAAACUGCUGAACAGACACCACUAUCUGCUCUGUAUGUAUCGAAGCUGUUUCAUGAGGCUGGGCUUCCUCCUGGUGUUCUGAAUGUUGUAUCUGGCUUUGGUCCUACUGCUGGCGCGGCACUUGCUAGUCACAUGAAUGUGGAUAAGCUUGCUUUCACGGGGUCUACUGCCACUGGAAAGGUUGUACUUGGUUUGGCUGCAAAAAGCAAUCUCAAGCCAGUAACUCUAGAGCUUGGAGGAAAAUCCCCUUUCAUCGUGUGUGAGGAUGGUGACAUCGAUCAAGCUGUUGAGCUAGCGCACUCUGCUGUCUUCUUCAAUCAGGGUCAGUGUUGCUGUGCUGGAUCUCGUACAUUUGUACACGAACGUGUGUAUGAUGAAUUUGUGGAGAAAUCCAAGGCACGUGCUUCAAAACGUGUAGUUGGUGAUCCCUUCAAGAAGGGUGUUGAACAAGGUCCUCAGAUUGAUUCAGAUCAGUUUGAGAAGAUCCUGAGAUACAUCAAGUCUGGAAUUGAAAGCGGCGCCAUUCUUGAAUCUGGAGGUGAAAGAUUGGGCUCCAGAGGCUACUAUAUUAAGCCCACAGUUUUCUCAAAUGUCCAGGACAACAUGCUGAUAGCAACGGAUGAGAUAUUUGGCCCUGUUCAGUCCAUCUUGAAGUUCAAGGAUCUGGAUGAAGUGAUCCAAAGGGCCAAUGCUACUCCCUACGGGCUGGCUUCCGGGGUGUUCACGCACAACUUGGACACAGCCAACACCCUGAUGCGCGGGCUGAGAGCCGGCACGGUGUGGAUAAAUUGCUUUGAUGUCUUUGAUGCUGCAAUCCCUUUUGGAGGUUACAAGAUGAGCGGGCAGGGCAGGGAGAAGGGUGUCUACAGCCUCAGCAAUUACUUGCAAGUGAAAGGAGUUGUGACUGCUUUGAAGAAUCCAGCAUGGUUGUGAUCUGCUUUCUCUUCUUUCUUCCCAGUUUGAGUAUGAAUAGGAAUUGGUAUUGCAUCUAUGUAAGUCGGAAAACUCCUCCUCUAAUAAUGGGAAAGAAACAUCAUUGAACCA